UCAGCGCCCCGCCCCUUCCCCUCUGUAGUGUGAUUUGGUGGGAGAAAAAUAGCGCGCUUUCGAUACACUUUUCAAACCGCAUGUUUAGUACAGUGGGGUAAAUAGUUGGGGUAAAUACCUGGAGUGUGUUCAGCACUGAGGUGACUAUGGCCACGGGAGUAGCGGUGAGUGUUUCUCCUUCGGAGCCGGAGCUUGAUCGGAGUGAAGAGGAAGUGAGGGGAACUGAACCCGAGGAGGAGCACUCACAGCACCCCGGGCCUGCCGCGGGGCCUCAACAUCGCCUCGCCAAAUUACCCCUGUCCAGGAUUAAAGCCCUCAUGAAGGCUGACCCUGACGUGAGCCUGGCGAGCCAGGAGUCUGUGUUCAUCAUAGCUAAAGCCACGGAGCUGUUUGUGGAAAUGAUAGCCAAGGAUGCACUUGUUUAUGCACAGCAAGGAAAAAGGAAAACGUUACAGAGGAAAGAUCUAGACAAUGCCAUUGAAGCUGCUGACGAGUUUGCAUUUCUAGAGGGUACCUUGGACUAACUCACAUUUGCCUUGCUGUAACAAGAAAAAAGAUUGAUAUUUUGUUUAUUUUUGUACAGUUUUGGCGGGGAACUUUUUUUUUUUUUUUUUUUCCCCCCCAGGAUUCAUGGGGUUGUUUAUGAUCAUUUUUAGUAUGAAGAUGUACAGCUUAGAAUAUAUUGACAAAUCCCUGUGUGAAAUUUGUCUUUGUCUGUGAAGUGACAAUUUUAUUUGUGAAUACUACUAUGCUCUUGCAAAAUAUUUUAAAGUUGGAAUAAAGACUUUAUUAUUAUUAUUA